AUGAGAAGGAAGACGACAUUGCUGAUUUGGAGAAACAAGUCAAGAUCUUGCAAAACACCAUUUCUGAUGUCAACGCACAGAAAGAAGACUCCGGAGCUGUUUGAUGAUCUUGCCAAUAUUAAAAAUGAUUUGAAAAAGACUCAAUUUGCUCUUGACGAUACUGAGAAGAAACUCUACAAACAAAUUGCUCAGAACAAGAAGGUCUCAGACGAGAGAGAUGGAUAUAACCAACAAUUGCAAGCUGAAAAGACCAAGACUGCUGCUUUGACCUCAGCAAAGAAUGCAAAUGAUAAAAAGAUUUUAUCAUUGAAUCAGAGAAAGACGAAUUAG